UUGACACUGGUCCUGGAUUCUGUCUACACCUCUGUCCUCAGCCUUGAAAGGUGAGAGUCAGCAUCAUAGCCUGCCCUGGACCAGUGACAGUUGAUCAAAAUCAGAUCACUGUGUUCAGGGGGACCAGUCCAGACAUACCUGUCUCUCCUGGGUACUACUGAGAUUGAGCACGACUUUGACAUCGGGCCACGAUGCCCUGGAAGGCCUUGCUGCUUCUGCUGCUGUGUUCUGAUGCUCCAGUGACCAUGGCCCACAGGUGGAAUCGGGCGUUGCUGUUCCCUGCAGCCCACCGGCCAAAGAGAGCCUCAUCAGUGCCCUUGAAUCCCGUCCUACAGACUUCCCUGGAGGAAGUGGAGCUACUCUAUGAGUUCCUGCUGGCUGAGCUAGACAUCAGCCCUGAUCUGAAGAUCUCCAUCAAGGAUGAGGAGCUGGACUCCCUGCGUAAGGCAGGGGCCUUCCGCACCAUCUGCAAUGACGUGAUCCCCAAAAGCAUCCCAGACAUCCGCCGGCUGAGCGCCACCCUCACUCACCGCCCUGGCGUCCUCAAGAAAGAGGACUUUGAAAGGACAGCACUGACUCUGGCCUAUGCUGCCUACCGCACUGCCCUGUCCCAGGGCCACCAGAAGGACAUCUGGGCCCAGGCCCUGGGGAGCCUCUUUCAGGCCCUAAGGCAGGACCUGGUGAAAUCCUCAGGCUUGAGGGAUAGGCUGGCUCCAGAUGGUCAGCACAGAGAUACACACUUGAAUCAUUCAGAGAGUGGCCACCCCUUGGCCUCUGACCCAGACCAGUAGCAGGACACUUGCCGUGAACUCUAAUAGGCAGAGACAAAAACAAGGUGGUAAAAGCUCUGUGCCCCUGGCAGCUCUAAUGAAGAACCUCUGGCUGCUAUCUACAUGGGAUCUGAGCAGGAAGAAGCAGUUGCCAUUGCAAUCCCAGAUGCUUCCAGAGGUAGUAUGGUUUGUUUGCAGAAGUCUGACAUAGGCUUCAACACUGAGUUUGCCACAGACACACAAGAACAGGGAUAAGGGGCCAGAGAGAUUUCAAAAGCUGGAGCUCACAAUUUGCAUGCAGGUGGUCCAGAUGUGACUCCCUGAUGCAUUCUGGUUUCCUAAACACCAUCAGGAGUUUGGAGCACUGAAUUUAGAGUAGCCCCUGAGCACUGCCAGGUAUAACCCCAACCAUAAAAUGGAAUAUGGGUUCCUAGAAAUCUAGAGACAAGUAUAGAAUGGUGGGUACACAAAGAACAAAUCUCUCUUAUCCUACAACAUGGAGUGUUGUUUGGAAUGGCAUUUUCUCUUAAGGUCCUAUAGUAAGAUAUAAAGAACCUGGGCCAGAGAUAUAGUACAGUGGGUAGAGCACUUGCCUUGCAUUCAGACAACCCCAGUUUGAUCCCUUUCUUGCAUCACCCCAGGGUCUCCCAAGUAUUGCCACAAGUGAUCCUUGAGCACAGAGUUAGGAAUAAGCCCUGAGCAUAAUCAGGUGUGGCCACAAAUUAAGCAAACAAGAUAUAAAGGACCUAAGUAACAGCCAAAAGAAAUUAGGGGAGGAAAUACUUCUCAGCUUUUCUAAGAGUCACCAAAAAAAUCCACUCAAAAAUCAAUGUUAGAGUCUGGAUGCUGAAGCUCUUAUGCAGGCUGAUGAAAUAGAAAGAAGCAGGAUAAAGGGGCCCAACAUGCAGCAAAGCUUCUCUCCUGAAAAGAGAUGAGACAUUAGGAGGUAGAAGCCCUCCACUCUGAUAUGUUCCAUAUGAAUUCUCCAGCAACAUC